GUCGCUGUGCUGUUGCAUUUGGCAACAUUGUAUCCUAACAUAGGGACGGGGUAAAGGAAGGGCAAUUUCUUUCCCCCCACAAAUAACCUGGUGCGAAGGAGGAGAACCAGAAGGAAGGAAGGAAGGAAGCAAAGAACAAAGAGACGCGCAUUAAGCAAUGCGCAGAGAUGUUUCGCUACUAAAUCCAGCGGCUCCCACCAACGUCGCCUCUUGAAAAGCCGAAGCUGUACAAUGCAUCGUGACUGCAUUAUGAAAGAUAACAAAUAAACCCUUCCGCGGUUUGAACUCACUUAUACACACACAGCAAGAAGAAAACGUGCGGGAAGUGUCGGCGGAAACAGUCUAUCUGGCUUUGUUUUACCCUGCAGACUGAACGCAUAUACGCAGCGAUUUUCUUUUUGUUGUUGGUUGGAUUUCCAAGGGAGGGUGUUUCAUUUUCUUAAAACAAAAAUUGGGGGCGAUCUGCGUUGCCAGGAGGAGAAGGGGGCGAUGUAUCCGCAAGCUAGACAGUCGGCUCCGUCGCAGUCGGCACAACAGUUGAAGUUUACUACCUCGGACUCCUGUGAUCGUAUCAAAGAUGAGUUUCAGUUUCUGCAAGCCCAGUACCACAGCCUCAAGUUGGAAUGUGACAAACUGGCCAGUGAAAAGACAGAAAUGCAGCGUCAUUAUGUCAUGUAUUAUGAAAUGUCUUACGGCUUGAACAUCGAAAUGCACAAACAGGCUGAAAUUGUCAAAAGAUUGAAUGGAAUCUGUGCUCAAGUCAUCCCUUUCUUAUCUCAGGAGCAUCAGCAGCAGGUGGUUCAGGCUAUAGAGCGUGCAAAGCAGGUGACUGCCCCGGAGCUUAAUACAGUCAUCAGGCAGCUUCAAGCGCAGCAGCUGUCUCACCUCCACGGACUCACAGUGCCACUCACUCCUCUUCCAGCUGGCCUGCAGCCUCCGGUCAUCCCAUCGGUCAGUGCCAGUGCAGGGCUUCUGGCAUUGUCCAGUGCCCUGGGCUCACAAAUUCACCUCGCUACGAAAGAUGACAAGAACCAUCACGAUAGUGAUCACCAGAGAGAUGAGGGAGUGCAGAAACCGGAUUAGGAACUUUUGAGGAUCAUUCAACACAACAUCCUUCAAAAUGAUCUUUUGGUGUUUGUUUUAAUGCCUGUAUAUAUCUCGGAGGUGGCAAUUUUGUGCUGUGUAUGUUAUUAUUUAGGGGAACAAAACUUAUUUUAAAGCUACAGUAUAUUAUUAAAAGCAACUUUGUUUUAGCAUGAACAAAGCAGGAAUACACACUAAGUUUGAAGUUGCCUCGGACGAGGCCUUAACUUAUUGGCUUUUCGACCUAAUGAACUUUCUAGUGUUCAGUAUUUCCAAGGUAAUUGCUUCUGAUUCAGCCAGUUCAUUGAAGUUAUGCUUUGCAGGAAUUUGCCUUUCCUACUAGUUGCCUCCAAAAUUGGGUUGUUAAGUGAUUAACUUUGUGGAAUGACCUGUAAGAAUUCAGCUCUCUAUAAUCUCAGAAACCAAAGCAAAUUUGCCAAAUUUGUGGUCAAUGGUCAGUGCUAAUGAAAUCCAUUCCAAAUUGGCUUGUGAAUAAGACUUCAAUAAGACAAGUUACCUUAAACAAAAUAUUUUAUCAUCUGGUAUUUCUCCAGAACUAUUAACAGUUUGCUAUGUCAUCUUGCUGUUCUGUGGGCAAUUUUUGUCAUUAGGUCAUUAAACUUUUGGUCUACAGUCAUGAUGAUUACUGCUUUUAAGUUGGAGAUAACCACGUACAUUAUUUUGUCAUCUAUCUUUUCCUGAAUGGAAAAGAGAAAUAUAUUGGCAUAUCAUUCAGUUUGUGCCAAAAUGUUCCAAAUCUAGCAAGAAAAUGCUGUAGUAUACACUUUGGGUUGGUUAAAUGGGCAUCAAAGUGGCAGCUUGUAAAGGUCAAAUCAAAACAAAAUGGCUGAUCUAUAUUAAAAAAAACUUAUGUGCACCUUUGUGAAACAUUGAAGGAUUUGUGGCUGUGCAGUCAGGUUUUUCAGUAAGUCUCUCUAGUGAGGAAUGGGAGGGAAAAACCAUGGAAGCCCCCUGGACUUAACCUAAAUCUUGUCAAAAGCAGUAGGCCCAAUGUUAACCUGCUAGGAAUUGGUGCUCUGGAUAUUAGCCAAAAUAUAUUUGCAGUUUGCAAUCAGAUGUGAGUGUGGUGAGUAUUUGUUUUCAAUUUGCCUCUUUGAUAGCAAACAGAAUAGCAGUGGGGGAAAAAAUCUAUGAGGUAAGUGGAUAAGUUGAGGUGGAGUUGGCCCUGUGAUUGGUUAGCUUGCAACAGAAAUGGUUGUUCCUCUAGGUUGACUGUGGACUCUUAUAUAUCCUUCAAUGGUUUAUAACUUGAAGAGAUCUGUUUUGCUUUCUCCCCCUACCCCGAUCAGGUCCACUUAAAGAAGCCAACAAAAAGUAUUGAUUCUGAUUCCUCUGUCUAAUGGCCAUGAAUUAAUUUUGCACAGAAACAAGAAAAUAGGUUCUAAGGUUCUUCCUGGUGUUUCCUUAGUAAUGGCACAGAUUGAUGACAGCCAUGGUAGCUUGUAAUUUGUUUUGGCUUUGUCCCUCAUUAUGAUAAAUUUAACAAAUGCUUUAAAAUUUGAUUAAUGGUAGCCUUCUGUCAUCCAAGUCCAUAGUAGAGAGGGUGGAAAUGAACCCCAGUACCACAGGUGGUGCAGUGGCAUUAGCACCAGACUUCAAGGCACAUGGUCCCCAGUUGGAAUCGGCCGGCUCCUUGCACACUUUCUGUCAGUGUAAAAGAAACUCAGGCUGUAAAAAAACAAUGAAAUGCUAUGGAAAUGGCAAAAAUGCUGCCCAGUGCACCACAAAGCACAAAUAGGAACAACAAUCUUGGGUUGAUGACAGCGCGGAACAUAAUGCACGAAGUGAGCUAAUGGCCAAACAUCGUUGAGCACUGAGGCACACCUCUUAAGGGUUCGCAGUUACAAAGGAUCACUGGGGCAAGAUCAGUUUACCACCUGUGCUUUGCACUGAAUUAAUUUGUACACUCACAUUUUGGUAUCAGGAGCGUUUUGUAAAUAACUGUUGGAUGGGUUCCUGCUCAUGCAACCUCUAAACUCCCCACUUUUCACAACUGUACCCCACUCAUCCAAUUUCUGCUUUCCAUCUAACAAUGUUGAUGUUUCAUGUCUAAGACACUUUAUCAGUACUGGGACAGAAAAGUAAUAAGUUGUUUUUUAAGUGGUAGAGUGAGUGUUGGAAGAAUAAAUACAAUGAAGAAUAUCUGUGGUUCGUGCUAGGGUUGCCAUGUGGAUGAGCUACAAGUGAUGUUAUCUGGCCAAUGGAUUAAUAAGGGCAGAAUGUUCAGAAGAGAAGCUGAGCAGGGGACCAUGAAAGUUGCGAAAUGAGGGCAUUUAGAGAGUGAAAACAGAAAGGAAUAUAAACAUUGCAAAACGCAGAGAACAGAGGACAUGCCACAGUAGCAGAGUGGUUAGCGGGACUCUAUUACAAUGUUCUGAGUUCAAUUCCAGCUUCCUUUGUAUGUUCUCCCUGUCACCGCAUGCGUUUCUUCCAAAGGCAUACCAGUUAGUAGGUCAAUUUGUCAUUUAAAUUGUCCUGUGACUAGGCUAGGGCUAAAUUGGUGGGUUGCUUGGUGGGCUGGUAGGGCCUGUUCCAGGCUGUAUCUCAAAAAAGAGUCUGCACAAAAUUGUCAGAACAUUCUCCCUCCACCCCACAUGCACAAAAGAAGAAAAAUAAACUAUAUGCAAUACAGACUCUUUUCCUUAACAUUUGCUUUUCUCCAUACUAAUCCCUGAAGUAACAAAAUUACUCUAUCUGCCAUUAUCUUAACUCACCUACAUUCACAGUGCAUUCAAAAUAGGCUUUUUUUUUGUGUGCAUUUGUCUUUAUUGUGGUCUUGAUUGGAGUAAAUAUGGUAUAUUUUCUCUUUUUGUCCAUAUAUUCUGGCUACUGAAAGUAGGUCUCAUUUAGGUGGAUCAGCACAACUUUACAUCAAAAACCAUGAAUUGGAUCUCCUUGAAUUUUACUUGGAAACUGUGGAGUUCAGUGGGCUGUCGAUGGAUUUCCAAAUAAGAAGUUUAUCAAAAUAAGUGUUAAACUAUACUGUGUAUAUGCUACGGCUUUAAAUUUCAACAAGAAUUUCUUCAGUCUUUUAUUUUCUUAUGAUUUAAACCAGCUCCUAGCUACUACUGCUAGCUGGCAUUAGGCCACCUCUCCCUCUUCCUCUGGCGUGCCAGGUACAAUUACUCAUUUAAAGCUGGCUUGCAUUCCUCGACUUACGUAGCAGAAAAUCAUCCAAAGAUGGUAACUUUCUAUAGAGCAUAUUUUAAGCAUUCAGUCAUUAAAAUGACUGUUUUUCCAGAGUAAAGUUUAAAGUAAAACUGAACUCUAAAGGAGAAGGGGUAGUUUUUUUUUCACAUUGUCAGUUUAUUUGUAGUGAGGAGCUGUAAAACUGCCUAGUCCGUUGCUUUGCGAAAACUAGAGAACUUGUUGCCGGCAGGUUUCAGAGGGGAUGGCUGAAUAGGUUAGAGAAAAUACCUUCUCCUGUCUGGGGAAUACGGUGUUGUUUGUCAUUGUUUUCCAUGCACAACCUCCACUAUAUAGGUUGAUGCAAGGAACAAUUUCCAGCCAAACCUACCGCUCCAAAUCCUGAUCCUUUAAUCUGAAGUCCUGCUUUCUCUGAUUAGCUGUACAAUUUGUCUGCUUACUUGCAUGAUGUGCACAUGGACUGUGCAUGUGUUGCUCGACCGGUGACUGUAGUAUUCACCUAACCUUGGGACAGGGAUCAAUUUUUCUUUGAGUAAAAUGAUGAACCUCAGCUGAGCUGAGCGCAGUACGAUUAGAGAGGGUAAAAGAGCACCCUUAAAUAUUGAGGCACUUUUGUAAGUAUUCCAAAUCAGCUUAAGCCAUGGUCUGUGUUGACUUGUUUAGGCUACAGUUGUUUUGACAUCUAGUAAAACUAGAAUUGGUGAUGUAGUUGAGUUUCAUUACCUAUGUGGAAAGAUCGCUCUUGCCUGUUAUUUUGAUAAAUGCAUUACCUUUCACUGGGGUAAGCCUUUCUUGCAUAUAUUACGUGUCAGUGUGGUGGAUGAAGUGAUGGAUUAGAAUUGGUAACACAAAAUGCUGGCAGCAUUUAUGGAAAGGAAUAAAGAAUUGACGUUUGGGCUAGACCCUUCAUCAGGAUCCCACCUUAUUAUGGCAUCUGCCCUUUUCACCUCUGAUAUGAAGGGUCUCGGCCCAAAGCUCUGAUUCUUUAUACCUUUCCAUAGAUGCUGCUGGACCAACUGAAUUCCUCUAGCAUUUUGUGUGUGUUAUCUGCAGAAUCUCUUGUAAUUAGAAUUGGUGUUCUUGAGUCACAUGGAGGGCUUGAUGUGGCAUUGGAGUAUUUUGUCCUCUUCCCUAAUGGCACCAAUUCCCACUGGAUCGUUGCACACACACAGGAAUUUCAGACAGGGAGAGGAUGUACAAUAGUCAUAUGCCCUGAAUUUCUUUACCAGAAUUGAGAUCUUGGUUGAGUUGAUCUAAAUCAGGGGUUCCCAACCUGGGAUCCAUGGUCCCUCAGUUAAUUGUAAGACUUGGCUCCAUGGCAUAAAAAAGUUUCAGAACCCUAGUCUAAAUGAAUAAACAGCAAUGCUUAGAUCACUGGCAUAAGAUCUGGCAUCAAUGUACUCAGAUUUUAAAUAGACAAAAGCAAGACCUAGAGAAUCAAAUAGCAAUUAUUGCUUGCUUUCAGAAUAAAAUAGAGCACUAAAGAACCAAAAAAAUCCCAUUUUCACUUCACCUUUUCAUCUAAGCAUUAGGCACUUUUGUUUAAAACAAUAAUCAUCUUGUAGUUUUUGGCAAGUGUUGUCUAUCUUGCAUUUGAUUUUAAUUUUUAAAUAAUCUAGCAUAGUGCCAGUGAAAUUCUGUACAGCUGGAUUACAUACAGAAGAUCUUGGAUAUGUCAGAGAAUGGAUAGCUGACUAUUGUGGCUUAUUGAUUCUGGGGCACGUUCAUUCUGGCAGGAUUUCAACCCGGAAACCUAUGACUGACAUAUAUCUUGUCACCCGCUGGAGACCUGCUCCAGGUUUCCAGACUUGGUAAGCUGUCCACUUUUCAACCUGAAUUGCAAGAACUGUCCAGUAGUUCUCAGAAUAUUCCAGGUUUCCAUUGCAUUUGGCUGAAUCUAGGAUUUUUAAAAAAAAAUACAGAUGUGGAAAAUACUCAGCAGGUCAGGCAGCAUCCGUGGAGAUACAGAAAUAGAGUUUGAGGUCGGUCACCUCUCAUCAGAUUUGAGGCUGAAUUAAGCAGUCAGUGACACAGCUUUUUCUCAACAAAUAUUUUUUGAAAAAACAAGGAAAUGCACCUCAAUUAAGCAAGCACCCUAAAAACCAAAUUUAUUGCCGCUUUAAGAUGAAAUUUAGUAAAUAUGUGGUCUCUUAUGGUCACUUUCUUUUAACUUAAUUUUUGUUAUUUAAUGAACGUGUAACAUGCACUUAACUGCCUCGCACAUUUAAGUCGAGUGUAAUGUAUAAUCAUGCUACAAUCUGCAGUUGUUUUGAAAAACAGAGCUGUGUGCUUGUAUAGGUUGGUGCAUCUCAUCUAUCCCAGCAAUCUGCUUGAAAGCAGUGUACAAUAUCAGUGCUGUGCUCCCGAUCAGACACAGGAAAAUGGCUAUAUCCUGACCUGCAUAGUUAGCCAAUAAGCACUAAAAGUCAAAACCUUGUUGUAAUGGGGAAAUAAUGUAUGAUUCUGUGGGACAUUUGUGUCAAAAGAGAAGCUGUUAGUACAAAAGUGCUUUGCCGCUCUUAUACACGCUCUAUUUACAAGCUGUUCUCUGUAAAAUUUUAAUACUGAAUAUUAUCAAUUAGAAUUAGUUCAAAACUCUGCAAUAUUGCUCAAUUUCACAGUAUUUGCAUAAGUUACAAAUGUAAACUUCUUCUGUACAGUGGAUCCUAUUUACGAUCAAAUCCCUCUUUAAGGGAAACUUUGAAAGAAAAGGUCUAAAUUUUUUUGGGGAUCAAUAAUUGUUUUCAGUGGGAUAGAUUUGAUCUUUGAAGAAAUUUUAAAAUCUCCACUGUUUAUUUUCAUGCUGUCUCAGUCCUCCAAGUGUUAAUAAGGCUCCCAGCGAUAACCAAUGUUUCAGAGACCUUCCUGAAUGUCAUUGUUUAAUGCAUAAACUCCUUCACAAUGGAAUUAGGAGAAUGGUUAUAAUUAUUAAAGUAAUCCAUCUGAUGCUGUGACUUCGGAGCUUCAAAUCACUUUAAAAAAAGUUAUAAAAAAAACACUUUGCUUUUAAAAAUUCAUUUGUUUCCUCUGGUGCAGCAGAAGCUGUAUACUGUAUUUGCACCAGUAUGGUUUGUAUGACUAUGUAUGCAAAUUGUGUUGAAGAUUUAAUGUGGCGGUGUUAAAAUACAUUUAUUAUGUCUUAAAUAAAACAAAAGUGUAUUAAAUUAGUUCGCUAGUGCUGUAAGGAAAUAUCUAUGGUGCCUUACAAAUAAAAGCAAAUGUGAUUAAAUUAUACUGUAGAUGUGGGC